AUGGCGACGACUCCCCGGAAGCCCAGCGUGCACUGGGCACUCGACGUCUCGAUGUCGGACUUCGGCUCACCUUUCUCCACGGCGUCGUCUACGUCGGAGAUAUCUGCCUCGAGUCUUCAGUACCUCAAUGCUCAACUUGUCGCUCAUGGCUUCGCCCCAUCACCAGGGCUCUCGCUCGAUGGUAUGGCAGCAACUGACGCAGAGCGGGUGAUAAAAUGCUUGCUCGGAAUGCUUGGACAACGCAUGGACGAUAUGAGUCGCACGGAGGACCUUACGACGAAGUACAGGACAAUUUCAUACGACCAUGAGCGACUGUUGAAUAUGCACCGUACUGCGAAAGAGCAAGCAGCCAAUGCCGAACGUGAAAUGAACGUCUUCAAAUCGAAAUUAGCUGCCGCCACCCGAACCAUUCAGUCAAUCGAGAACGCACACAAGCAAACGACAGCUGAGCUCACUCGAACACGCUCCAUGGUCCAAUCACUACGACAAACCCACGUAGCUGAACUGAAGAAGCGAGAUACACAGGUGGAACGGAUGCAAGAAAAGUGGUCAAAAUUGGCAGACGCACAGGGACAGCUGACGAGGACACCCAGUGGACUGACGCUUACAUGCGGUAAUGCUUCGGUGGCAUACGGGAGUGAGAACGCUGGCAGGGGGAAGUCGUUCAUGGAGGUUGCGCUAGAACAAGCAGACGAAGCGCGGGCGAGGUUGGAUGCGGAUAAUUUGAGGUUGAGGCGGAUGGUGACCAGUGCGGUUAAUGAGAUGCAGGGAGUAUUGGCUCGUAUGAGGGGAGAGGAUGAAGAUGAGGUAGAUCCUUGCACGAUGUCGAGCCUUUUCCCGCUGCAUCCGAAGACCGCUGCGACUGACAAACUAAGCUCGCUGUUUACAUCCCUACGUGAUGGUAUCGCCAAUCAACAGCCGCAAGUAGAGCCAACUACUUCUACCUCCUUACAACCUCCAGAUGAAGAUAUACCGCGGCUUAAUGGCAUUAUAGAACAGCUGCGCUCCGAGCUGGAACAAGCCCGAAAGGAAUGUAAGGCAACUGCAGCAAAAACGCAGGAGCUAUUUGACCAGCUGGCUACCCGUAACGCUACCCACCGUGAUGUUGCUGAAGUCAGCAUGGAGUUGAUGUCUGUACCUGCGAAGGACGUUGAGCUCGAAAGGCUGGAGGCGAUGAAACGAGAGUUGGACAACGAGAGGCAGAAGUUCACAGAAGCUGCGGUAAAGUUAGGCAAAGAGCGGGCAACCAUGGAGGCUGAACGACUACGCUUCCUGGAAGAGAAACGAUCGUGGCAAGUCGAAAAGAUCCUUGCUGAACUUCCUCCCACUCCUCCAGCCACAACAUCUCUCCCAUCGCCGAAAAAAGCACCAUCUCCCAAGAAACCUGGCAAAUCCCCACGAAAGUCUCCUGCUAAAUCCACGAAUAUCAGUCCACGAAAGCCACGCAAUGCUCGGAGAUCCUCCGUUGGGUUGACACCACCCCCGAAGAAGACGAGAGGGAAAGUAGUAGAGUUGGCUUCAGAAACCGAAGUGAUUCCCUCGUCGAAAGGUGUAUCAUCCUUUCUGGCUCCUCCGCCACUAGGCUCAUCCCUGCUACCAACCUCCUUCGUCUUACCUCCACCCUCCCCGAAUGCCUUGUUACCAGCCUCCCCUGUCAUCGCACCGCCCUCGAUCGAUAUCAACGAGUCAGAUCAAUUCGACCUCGGCGAGACACAGCCGACGUCUAUGGAAGACUCCAACCUUCCUUCCUCUUCAUCAAACCCUAUCUUGAAAACGCCGCCCGACAGCUCAUCGCAAUCGACUUCGCAGCUCUCAGCCCCCUCAUUCCCCUACCCCAUAGCAAAACCCUUCGCUAAGCGGAUGAUCCAUGCAUAUUCACCAGCAAAACCCAGUCCCCUGAGCCGUAUAUUGUCACUUGCUGACUCGCCAGGAAGUCCUACAAGUCCGGGUCAGGCUAUCUCUAGCUCUGAUUCAAGUGGGCAGCUUGGUGUUGUGGUGGAAGAGGACGAAGAGGACGACUUGUUCCCCAGGAUCGACCCUGCGCCUCAGCCCCAAAUGAGCUUAGCAGCUGAACUGGGUAUCACAGAGAGCGAUGAAGAAGAGGAGAAAACAAGGAUGGGCCGAGAAAGCCCGCUGAUGGACAUGCAAGUUGACUCGCAUCCUCCUACCAAGAAAAAGGUUGCGCUUCCCCCCAACCCCCAACGAUCAAGAGUAGACAAGGGUAAGGGUGUGGCCACAGUAACAACAACCAGAAGGACCGUCGAAAAAGAGAAGGAAAACAAAAACACUGCUGAAUCGUCGAAGGCACGUUUAAAAGACAAGAAGCGCGCACCAGCUGGCCCACCUGGAACAGACACUGAACGGCCUACAAAAGUAGUGAAGGUCACGAAGUCUACUCCCAGCGUCUCAAGACCUGAUAUCGUGAAGAAGGUUGCAGCAAUGCCUUCAGGCUUUACAUCUGCAAGGACCAAUGCCGCGGACUCCAAGAAGGCGUCCUCAUCAUCACGGACCGUGUCUCAAGUACGACCGGUCGCCGGAGGACGAAGUACUGGGCCUCGACGGGUGCUUAUCGACAGUGCCGAAGCGCCGCCCAUGGCAAAGAGUAGAAAGAGUUGA